CUAUAAAAUGUCUACGCCUUCGCCCUCUGGGGCCCCCAAACCACCGCCGCCGGCUAUAAUACCGGUUACUCCUCUGCCGGACCCCAUUUUCGUCCAGCCCCCGCCCUCCACGACGGCGCAGUCGGCCAAAAGAGCCCGGACUGCGGACGAGGAAGUCCGUCACGCCCACACUACUACCACUGCCUGACGGAUUUCUACCACUGCCUCACCGAUGUGGCACGUCUCAUGCCCUACGGGAGGCGGAAGUAGACGUUAAAAAUAACAAC